GACGGCCUUGGACAGGAGGCCGCGGUGAGCGCUCCCCCACGCCGCCAUGGCGAAUGGCGACCUCGAGGAAGGGAGCGAGGCAGUCUGGGAGAGGGUUCGGGCGGCGCUGCCACGCGAGCUAGGCGCGUGCAGGAGCGGCGACGGCUGGGAGAGGAGCGGAUGGCACCCGCGGCGGGGCGGCUGGGCACGCACACAUGGGCGAGUCGGGACUCGGCGGAGCGAGUAGGGGCGUGUCAGGCGCGAGGGGAGAGCUGGUCUGUAUUAGACAUGUAAUAUGAUACGUAUACGGCCUCAGUUGGUCGACGCCUCCUCUCUUAGAGCAAGAUGAAGAGAGCGAAUCCGCGCACCGACAUCUCCAUAGCUGCCCGGUCCUGCCUCCUAGCCACAAGCUUCCACACCUCCAAGUAUGUAGACACUUUGUACAACGCCUCAGCUGGGAUAGAUGGGAAGAUUCCUUCGUUCUUGAGCUUGUUUCUAAUAUUUCAAAUGGUCCAUAGCAAGGCAACACAGCAGGUACCAAAACCCGUCUGGAUUUAUCAAGGAAGCGAAAGACAUGGGCAACGCACGAGGGGUUCCAGGAGCAUCCCAGCAGUUCCCUAACUGCGCUCUACGAAAACUUAGCCACAACAUAGGAGAAAAAGAUAUGAUUAGUAUCCUCUCACUAUCCGCACAAGGCACACCACCCUGAAUAAGGGCCGUGCCGAUGACGAAUAUUGUCAUUGGACGGAAGCCGUUUCCUAACCAGUUGCCAAAUGAACACCCUAAUCUUCAAAGGGCACACGAUCCUCCAGAUGUCACUGUAGAAUUUAGCAUGGGUACCUUGACACAACUUGCAGUAUAAGGAACGGACUGUGAACCACCCUGACGAUUCCAGAGCCCAAGUAAUACCAUCAGGCACUGCUAUUAACGACAUGCCCUCAAUAUCCCGUCGCAAGUUAGCCUAGUCAGCCCUGUCUCCCUGCCCCAGGGCUUGGCGGAAGGGAAUGUUCCAUGUUCCUCCCCUAAGUGCACGAGCAAUGGCAAUGUUUAGUUCCAGUGCCGGUGCAUAUAAGGAGGGCUACCGUUCUUUCAGGGCCCCGACCCCUGCCACCAGUCUACCCAUAGUCGGGUGGAAUUCCCACUGUGGACAAUGUGUUUUGUCCCCAAAUAAAAACACCGCUUUCACCUUAUGUAGGGCCUUCAGAACUGAGAACCAUGUAUGUGUGAGUCCACCAAGAGAUCUUUGUAUCUGAGGUAAUUAAUUUUUUCUUUAGCCUCUCCAUCUUGACGGUGUUAGUUGCGACGAUGUCAAUGGCUAGUUGCGUUGAUUCUUGCCGGUCUCUCUAGCCGGUGAGGUUAGGGAUUGCAAGGUUUGUCGAUGUGGCAGCAACUUCCCUUUGCAAGUUUGUCCGUAUGCCUCCUCUCUGCCCUAUCGGUUCGGCCUCUAACAUCGGCACAAGGCCUACGAAGUUUUUUGGAGGUUGGAAUCUUGGAUUUGUUGAUCUUCCGGCUUUGACAGUUUAUUCUCUAGGGAUGGUCGUCUUGGUGACUUCCUGUCCGCCAUCAACAACGGCUAGAUAGAGGGGCGGUGGCGGACGCCCGUUAUCGGCACGUUUUUCUAUAUUUUUCUAGGACGUAUAUACCAGUAGUUUGAUCAAUAGACUUCCUUUUGGCAUGUUAUCGGCACGUUUUUAAAUAUUUUUUUAGGGAUUGAAAUUUUCUUUUCUAAAACGAAAAUUCUACCGCUUCUCCGGGCCAACUUUCUCUUUUGCGAACAUUUUGGCAAACCACUCGUUCCUCCAAGACGGGCCUACGAGUCUACGAGCCAGGGCACGAGUACUAGACUCUUGACUCCACCAGCUGCUGCUAUAGUGAUAGGGCGUAUAGUUCCAUCAGAGCAGCAGAGACAAGACUGUGAUAGGGCAUCCCCUUCGGGCGUGCAGGAUGCAGAUUCAUUCUUCUUCUUCCCUCCGGUCUUCACGGGGACCAAAUAAUAGUUCUCUCCCCCAUCCACUUCAAAUUUGGGUUCUUCCAGUUCCGGGACAUGGCGACUGCAGGAUUUGGGCUCCACGGAACACCUGGGCUGUGAGCAUUAGUUCUUUUGUUGGGUCAGGAAGAUCUGCUGCAGCUUAUAACGAAGGAUCUCCAGAUUUCUCUACAGGAAGAAGCUACAGGCCGGUUUCUGGCUCUCUUGUUUCUGAAUGUCAGAACAUUAAUACUGUAGGCUGCAAGAUGCGCAAGUCUUGUGAGUGCUGCAAUAGAUACUGGACCCAUUUGCAUGGAAAGGUCAAGUGUUUCGUCACGCAGAUGGACGGGAAUUCUAGGCAUAGCGUGGUCAUACCAGAGAGCUUUGUGAACCAUUUUGCAUGGAAGUUGUCAAGAACCAUCAAAUUAGAAGCCCCUGAUGGUAAUGUAUACGACGUCGAAAUCACUGAGCGUAGAAACAAAACAGUACUCAGAUCUGGAUGGGAGGCAUUUGUCAAUGCCAAUCAUAUAGCGGAGAACGACUCGUUGAUGUUCCGAUAUCGUGGAAGUGCUCGCUUCAAGGUCGUGUUCUUUGAUUCCAGUGGUUGUGAGAAAGUGGUGUCCUGUGCUCGCAUACAGAGCAAUAGUGGUGGGCAAGAACCAAACACAUAUUCUACAGACAUGUCAAGCAGCUCCAGUGAUAGUAAAACUCACUCGUCAGGACAUGGAGGAUCAGAUGGAUGCCAGAGUGGAAGCUCUAGCUAUUGUAGAAAACGAGCAAAGAAAGAUGCACUAUCUUCUCCAUCCAGAAAUUUGUCAGGAGAAGACAGUCCUCAUGAGCAUGACUCCUAUGAGUCGGAUGAUCUCGCACUCCCGAAGCCUCUUUAUGUGUUAUCAGGGAAGUGCUAUGUAACAGAAGAACAUGAGGAACAAAUAGCUGCACUUGUCCAAGAAACUCAACCUGAAAUACCUCUGCUUCUGGCUAUGGUGACGAAGCCCAGUGUGAAACCAUAUCCGGAUCUGGUAAUUCCUAUGGAUUAUGCACUCGCACACUUUCCACACAAAAGUCAGACUAUCACAUUCCAGCUGCCUGGGCUGAGCAAGAAGUGGCCCUGCGAGUUCCGUGUCAGAUCUGAUGGAGGUUGUUGCAGUCGUUAUUGGUGUGACUUUGCCCGUGACAAUCAUUUAUUGGUGGGAGAUCUGUGCCUCUUUCAGCCAAUGAAGAAAGCUAAGGGGAAAAAAUUCAAAGUGAUGGUUCAUAUGAUUCGGAAUGCAGGAGAAGAAACUCUCUCUUUGGGAUAUGAACAUGGAAUCAGUGAGAAGUCUCCCAAUCAAAAAAAGAAGUCUUCCAAUCAUGGUGAUACUAACAGAACUUGUGAUCUCCCAAUCAUGAUGCCAGUGCGUACCUGUCUAACAGAAGUGCAGAGGAAGAAAGUUUUGGCGAAAGUUGGAGCCAUUUGUUCAGAACUGCAUAUUUACGUCACAGUAAUGACCAAGAACAAAGUCUCCUUGUGCUUAUCCUUCAACAGGAAAUACUCUGCUACGUAUCUUCGGAAGGGGAGCCGGAGUUUGGUGCUUCAGGUGGAGGGGAAGAACCAGACAUGGCAUAGCAAGUUGUCUGACAACGGAGGUGCCCUGAGGAUAAGUGGAGGCUGGACUUCUUUUGCCCGCGACAAUCACCUGCGGGAGGGGGAUAUCUGCCUCUUUGAGCUGAUGAAAAACAAGGGGCAACAAAAGAUGAUGGUCUACAUCAUUCGCAGCAAGCAUUGUUAGUUUCACGAUGUUGACAAGAUAAGUACAGAGAGGUCUCUGUUCUCUGUGCUGGCAUUUUGUACAUUCACGAGAGGCUCUUUGCUGCUUUUGGAUCUGGAUGGAUGUGGAAACUAUGGGCAUGGCCAAUUACUGACUUCAGUAGAUUGGCAGACUUAUUAUGUGCCCUGAAUUUAAAUUAUUCGUGAUGCCCUAGUGUUUCCUAGCUCCGCUGAGAUUUGUCUUGUGUCGAUGCCAAUUCAAUGUAUAUCAGCAUGCAAUCUCUCUAGUAAUCCGGUUACCGUGGCAGUGAAUAUGGAGGGGCCUAGUCUUCUGCAGGGUGGAUAUUGUCUUCACUAGAUUUUUCUGACUGUUCCUGUAUUUCCUUACAAGAAACACCAUCUCUUCAAUCCAAGUCGUCUCUGAGAUCAGAAUACUAUGUUUUAAAACAACUCAUGUGUUUGAUGAAUAUAUAUAGUAUGCGUUUCUGUAUUAUA